AUGCGAUGUGUCCUUUCUUGCCACAGAUUUGACACUCAGGUACGGCAGCUGGAUGUGAAAAAUGCCUUUCUUCAUGGUGAGCUUCAAGAAGAAGUGUUCAUGAAGCAACCUCAAGGCUUUGUCGAUUCUCAAUAUCCUAAUCAUGUGUGCAAACUUCAAAAAUCUCUCUACGGCCUGAAGCAAGCUCCUCGGGCAUGGAAUGCAAAAUUCACAGGCUAUUUACCUACCUUGGGAUUUUCAGUUUCACACUCUGAUCCCAGCCUGUUUGUGAAGAAAACUGAAGUUGCUGUUGUUAUCCUCUUACUCUAUGUUGAUGAUAUAAUCAUCACAGGUUCUGAUCCUUCACUGGUGACUUCUGUUAUUCAAGCUCUUAGUGAAGUAUUUGAGCUUAAAGAUCUGGGAAAGCUCAAAUAUUUCCUUGGUCUUGAGGUGCAAUACCAUUCAGGAGGGAAAAUAUUUGUCAAUCAAGCCAAAUAUGCUAGAGAUCUCAUCAAAAAGGCAUCUAUGGAUACAUGUAAGCCUUGUAGCACCCCUUCUAAACCUCACCAUCAGGUCUUAAAGGAUGAAGGUACUCCACUUCCAAAUCCCACACUCUUUCGAAGCAUUGUAGGUGCUCUGCAAUACUUGACAUUCACAAGACCAGACAUUGCUUUUGCUGUCAACACAGUCUGUCAGUUCAUGCAUAAUCCUACAGAUGUUCACCUUAGCUUAGUUAAACGUAUUAUCAGGUACUUGCAAGGCACAUUGCAGUUUGGUGUCACGUUUUCUCCAGGUUCCAUGGUCCUAUCUGGAUUUUGUGAUGCUGAUUGGGCUGGUGAUCCCAAUACACGCAGAUCCACCACAGGAUAUGUUGUUUUCCUCGGUUCCAAUCCGAUUUCUUGGUCCUCCAAGAAGCAAGCUUCUGUUUCUCGCAGCUCUACGGAGGCAGAGUAUCGAGCACUUGCUCACUGUGCUGCAGAUAUCUCAUGGAUACGACAAGUCUUGUGCGAUUUGCAUAUGAUAAUUCCUGAAGCUCCUCUCCUACACAGCGACAACUUGUCUGCUCUAGCUCUCAGUGCAAACCCUGUUUUUCAUUCUCGAAUCAAACAUCUGGAUGUGGACUUUCACUUCAUUAGAGAACGUGUUCAAAGUAAAGAUCUCAUCGUCCAAUAUGUUCCCACAGAUGAACAGGUUGCUGAUAUAUUGACAAAAGGCCUUCAUAGUCCAAUAUUCCUCAAACAUUGCUCCAAUCUCAGCCUUGGCUCUUCCCCAGCUGAGCUUGAGGGGGGGUGUUAA